GUGACCAAGGACAACAAAAAUGGCGGCGACAUAUUUUUAAACUAGUAGUUAUUCUUUGUUCAUUUCACGAAAAACAUCAUAUUUCUUAUAGUCUUUUGUGGGUAAAAUCUUGAAGUAUGAUUGAAAAUGAUGGCAGCUUGAUUGUUAUAUCUUUAUUCGCCGGUAAACAAUAUCAAUAUUUUUUUGUUUUGUCUAAACUUGCCCCAUUCCAGGGAGAAAGUUUCCAUUUCGAUCAAAGUAUCAACUUAUAGCUGAGGGACGCUUUGACGGUGAACUAUUAGCCACAGAUCCGAUUGAACAUUUAGAGACUGUGGAAUUUAAACAAGAAUUGGCAUGGAGUGUAGACAAAAAAGCUUUACACCAACAUCGACUACAGAGAUCCUCCAUAAAGAUUCAGUUUUAUGCUGUAGAUAAAAGCAAAUCCAAAAAAGAAUCAUUAGGAUACAUCAUUCUUGAUCUGCGCAGCGCUAACAAGAAGCAACCGGGAAAGUGGCUACAGAUUUUACAUUCUAAAUACAGUAGUAAACCUGAGGUACUGGUUGCUAUAUAUAUUGAUAAAGACAAGGAGGAGGCAUCAUCUUUUGAACGUCGUAGGUGUCUUAAAUAAUAAUAAAAAAUACAUUUGAAAUGAUAAUUGUAGAAAAAGAAAAGAUUCCCACGCCAGUCACUUCAAAACAACUGAAACCUAUUCUAAAUGAGGAAGGUGGAUACUUUCAAAUAGGAGAUAGUGAAAAAUGUUCGGAUGAAUUUAUAUUAUCAGUUACUAUUGCUUUUGCCGCAAACCUAAUUAAUCUUCUUCCGGCCGAUCAGCCAUCUCCCCUAAAUUCAAAUGGAUUUUACUUUUAUUAUACUCUCAUGGGCUCAGAAAUCACUCAAGAUCCCUUUUAUGACCUGAUUCAUCCAAAAUUUCAGUCAGUUCGAGCGUCGGUUCAUGUACGAAGCAGCAUUGAUACUCUGAGAGAAUUUUUUAAGAAUCAAACUGGAAUUGAAAUUCAUUUGUGUUCUGGUGAUCAAAGUCUAGGCAGAGCAGUGAUUAAAUUGGACUCACUAAUUAAACCUAUUUCAACUGAACUUUAUAUGAAACCGUUAACUGUCGAAGGAACAUUUGAAUUGGAACCUCCCAAUCGUAAUAAAAUUCACGCCGUCAAUGUUAGCCAUGAUUCAAAACCUAAGGUUGGAGCAUCAGUUUCACUCCGCCGUUUGCAAGAUAUUAAAGUUCCAGUAGAGGAACAUUUAAUCGAGGAAAAAGUAAUAGAAACCGAAACCAAUGAUAAAGAAGACUUACCAAAUCUGGAAAAUAUUCUAGAGGAACCUCCUAUUCAAGAUAAGAAAAAGGAUAUUAAAGAUUCUAGUGCAGCUCCUGUAAAAGCACCUAGUACUGAGAAAUACACACCUAGUUUUGGAUCUUCAGAAUCUUCCCCUCAUCACUAUUGCUUUUCUGUUAAUAUGAAGACCCUUUCUGAGCUAAAAUCUGAUUACUCUUCUCUUUCAAUCAGAUAUUCGUACCCUUUUUUUGGGGUAGCCGACCCAAUAACGAGUUCACUAAUUGAGAAAAUUCCAGGUGAAACCGAGGUUGCUAUCCCUCAGGGUUUCUGUGCUUUCGAUUUUGCCGCUCUUGAAAGUCAAGUCGUUCAGACUUUUGCUAGAGCUCCCUUAAAAAUAGAACUCUUAGGUAAAGAAGGUCUCCAAACAAAAAUUUUAGCAGAGGGGGAAGCUGACUUAAGAAAGAUUUUGAAAUCUCAAAAUGUUCCUGCCAUACAUAGCAGUGGCAUAAAAGGUGUACGCAAACUUUGGAAUGGGAGUAUUGAACUAGCUAACAAGACUGAAGCACAAAAAAGUAUUUUUUGUAAAAUUAUGAUAUCAUUGUGCUUAGAAGAUUGGGGUUUUUUGAGAAAUGAACAACUACAAGCGUUCAAUCAUGACCUUUCAACGCAAAAAGCAAAUGCUCGGUCCACAGAAGAAUAUAAAACUGCCUUGGAAUUGGAAAUUUGGAAGGAGAGACAAAAGCAUAAAUAUGAAGAACAGCUUCGAGAAAAAGAGAGAAACAGAAUGGAGGCAAUCACUGAGGAAUGGAAGUGUAGAGAAAAAGAAAGAGAGCUGUUGGUUAAGAAAAAGAUUGCAGAAUAUACUGAACUUGAAAGCCAGUUACGUAAAACUCUGUCAGAAGUCGAAAAGAAAGAGCGACAUCUGGUUGACGAAGAACAGUCAAUCAGUAAAAUAAAGCAAGAUUUACAGUAUGAACACGAUCGGAAAAUGAAAGAUAUAAAAGACGCCUGGCAAAGAAUAACUGAAGAAAGCGAGCACAAGUUAAAGUUAGAGAGAUCUAAAGCAGAUAGUUUAAGAGAAGAAAUUAGCAAACUUCGCUCUGAAAUAAAAGAAGCUGAGAAUAAGUACGCUUCUCUUGACAAAGAAUUUAGAAAUUAUAAGGAGCAAUUAACAUCUAAACCUGAAUGUCGUCUUCAGUCUGAAAUAAAUAUGUUGAACUUGGAGAAAUCUGAAUUGGAGAAGAAACUGCUUGUAACAACAAAUGCCAAAGUUCAUUAUAAGCAACAAUGGGCGAAAGCGAUUAAUGAACUUGCGCGGUUUAGAAUAAAAGAGCAAGCCAGUGCAAAGCAUCAACUCAAAAAACAACAUCAAGAGUUGCAGCAAUUAAAGAUGCGCUACCUGGCCGCUGAAGAAAGUGAUAUUACUAAAAGUGAGAAGAGGCAGUUGGAUAUGAUAAAAGAGGAACUAAAUAAACUUCGCGUAUUUCGCUCACCAUCUGUUUCAACUCCGGAUUCUGUUGUAGACGCUGACGAUGAGCAUCUUAGUCGAUUAAUUGAAGAGAGGGACACCUUGCUACAAACUGGCACUUAUAAUAGUGAUGACAAGAUAAUUAUGGAGCUUGAAAAACAAAUUAGAGAAUGCAUAUCGAAGCAUAACAGAUGAUUUUUUUAAUUAUAUAUUCACCAACAUCACAACAACCAUUUACAAAACACGAUUGAAUGAGCUUUUUAAUAUUGAGAUAUCGCUCAUUUUUUAAUUGUACAGAUUCAUUUCGAGCAUUUUCGUAAUAUCUAUACACACCUAUUUACAUUCUAUAACUAGACAUUUGAGAAUAUUUUAUAUACAUAAAAGGAAUUUAGAUCAGGAAAUUUAUAGUUUUUGGAAUGAGAUUAAAUUACUUAGCACCUGUGUAGAACACGGUCAGUUUGUCUGUUAAUGCCAAAAACCAUAGGCAUUUGGAGGCGCAGAAUUCCAGUUCUGCUGCCGGUGCAAAUUCAUUAAAGUAGGAGGAUGAGAGAUUGGCGCACGAGGUAUAUGAGACGCUGAUUGAACGACGCAAUGUUCAGCGGACUGACGUACAAUAGAAUUAGCCAUUUGUUCUGUUUGACUUUUGUUCCGCUUACAAGCAUUUAGUUCAUUCGCCUGUUGUUGCUGCUGUUGCUGCUGCUGUUCUCUUCUUUUCUUCCACAUUUCUGAUUUUUGUUGAUAUUGAAGUUCUCCAUGUCGAGCAUAAUUCAUGUUUUUGUGCUGAUAAAAAACUAGACUGAUUCUGGUAGGAUGAAAUCUAUUAGGUUCCCUAAUUGCAGUUGUAGAAUGCAUUUCCCUCUUUGCGCAUUCAAGAAGAACACUACCAUGACCAAGGGCUAGUGCAACUCCUCCUAUAUUUUCAUCCAAGAAUAAAUGUUCAUUGUAGGAAAUCUCCUCAUGACCAGAUUGAUCUCCUUCAGUCGUAUUGAAAUCUUCACACCACCUUAACGAGUCCUCUCUGUUGAUGUCUCCUGUUUUACUUCCAUUCCACCACCGACGAUUAUCCAUACCAUCAGAAUUUUGGGGGAAAAUACCACUACCACAAGACAUUUGAGUAUACGGAUUAUUGUAAUCUGGGUUGUUAGCUGUCACUAAAGAAGGUGAUUGAAAGUUUUGCGCUCCCGUACCAGACGAAGACAUUUGCAUUUGUAAAUUAUGAGCCAUACGCAUGCGUUGCUCCAACUCGGCCUUGGUUGGAGCUUUCUUUUUUGGCAUAUCCCCUCCUCGUUUUCUCUUUUCUUCUUGUUGUUGCAAUUUCCGCUUUUUCUUGCAAGGGGUAGGAGUUGAUCGGAUUCGAACUAUUUGCUCAAAUUUUGUUAACGUAUUAACUGAUCCAUCUCUUUCCUGCUGUAAACGACUUUCGCGAGUUCCAUCUUCAGCAGUAGGGUCAAGUAUGCAAAGAGGGUGAACAUGUAGUUGUUCAUCCGGCCCUUUUCCCAGACCUCUGUGUUUAGUUAACGUUACUACCACAGUACUGCCGUUAUUCAUAUUAUGAUUGUCCCGAUGAGCAUGAGAGCAAUAGUCUAUGCAGGCCGUUACACCAGAAAACGGUCGUCCAGAGUCUAGUCCUAAACGGCAGUCCAAUCCAUCUUUCUCGAAUUGAGUUUGAUUUCUAAAACUGUCAGGUGCUACUUGUUUGUAAAUAGGACUUAAGUGAGAAGCGAGAGACUGAAGCGCAUGCUCCAGUUGUGUUUCAUGGCUCUCAUUUUUCAAACGAAAUUUUCUGGGCUGUUGAGAUCGAGCAAAUUUGCAACCGUUGUAGUACAUACUCCAUGAACAUCCGAAAGAAAAUGAUGCUCCUCCUACAUCAUCCUUCCAACCUUGACAGGCGCAAGUCUUUUGUUCGUUUGAUCCACACCUUCUAUCUGUCUGUAAACCGUAUACUGGAAGUAAUUGCCGAAGAUAAUCAUAUAAUUCAUCAGCUUGUUGAGAAGGAACACCUUCCCAAACGACUAUAUUGACUGUGAUAACUGCUUGAGGACAAGUAUGUCCGACUCUUGGUCUCGCAAUGAUUAAAACUUUCUCCUCUAUUGAAGAUCGACGAAUGAUCCACUUUGAAACAGGACAACCUUGAGUUCCUUUCCCCUCUUUACCGGAGUAAAUUAUCUUUUCGAUUCGAAUGGCAUUCCCUGUUAAUCCGGUUCUUUCUUCAAACAAUUUUCUUAUACCUGCUAUACUUUGCGCUGCUCCAAGGUGGGUAUAAAAAGGUCCUUCGACUCGUUCGUCGUAUACUGUAUUUGAUCCUAAACAAUUACAGCUUGGCACCUCCUCUUGUGUAUUACUUCUAAGCCUUUCAACUAAAUCUGAUUCUUCAUUUACUGGAGUCGCUGGAGCGUCGCUACAUUCAUUUUUAUCUGGUGAUACACUCGUAGAGCUUGUACCAGAUGAAAUAGGAGAUGUUGACUGGACCUUACUAGAUAAUUCGGUGCUUGUUUGAAGGCUACAAGCGGUGCCUAAUUUUGAUUCAUUAUAAACCUGAGUAGAUGGAGGAGGUGUAGGAAGAGGCAAACAAGUUUUUGCUCGUACCGCUGUUCCCUGCGGUCUGAGGUUUGUUGAUGGUUGUGGAAGUAGAGAUUGCUGAUUUCCGUUAUACAUCGAAUUAGAGUUCCGGACAUUAGGGGGAUGAAAAUAUUGCUGAUGCUGCGAUAUGUGGGAGGUCGAACCGGGAGAUUGGGGAUAGUAGGCGCUCCUAAUAGGCUGUAUACUUCCUUGCUCGGCACCACUUCCCGCUCCCAUUCUAUGCGACGUUCCUUGAUAGGCUAUCUGUUGUUGGGGAAGAACUGAUGAUGGAUAGUUAUUAUAAUUAGUUCCAUAAGCCCCUGUAUAGGAAGACGACGUGUUAUAUUGAAAAUUCUGAUGUGUAUCUUGGCCAUAAUACGCGUCUCGUCUGGGGCAGUUCAUCUCAGAUGGGAAUGGUGCUGCCCCUGAAGGAUAGGUAUUGUAGUAGCCAGAAUUUUCAUUAUUUGUAUAAUUUGAUGUCUUGUAAGAUGACUGAUAAGUGACUGUGGGCUGUUGACUAUAAGUAUAAGGAAACGACGAACUUGGAGCAGUAUUUGGAGGUGUAACUGGUGGUGGAUGCUGUUGUUGUAACUGUUCAAGAACCUCUGAAAAUGACUUAAGGUCAUUUUGUAAUUGUUGUUUCCGCUCUGAGUCAGUUAAUAUGUCAUUAAUACUGGCUAAUAAUUUAUUAUCAUCCAGUUCCUCUUCCAAAUUUGUUGUUGUUGUUGCUGCUGUCGUUGUUGUUGUUGUUGUUGUUGUUGUUGU